AUGGUGCGCCCUUCCACCCCGCCGCCGCAGGCAAAUUCACAAGCCGUGAAUGUCUCACCUCCCACCCCGGAAGUCACGCGCAAACUUGAAGAAUCCCGCCUCCGCGCAAAAGAUCUCCGUUCACAGCGAGAAGCCGCCGCCCGCGCAUCCGGCACCGAGCAGCCCGUCGCCAAGUCAUCCUCGGGCUUUGUCGACACUGAGGACGUUCACGUCGUAGCCCCCGGCAAGCGAUCACUGCGCAAGCGUCCCUACGAAUCCAUCACACAAUCACAUAUACCAGAAACCAGCCGCGAUGCGCGGUCACCUGCGAAAAGGCAAGAUGUUGGCGGAAGUAGCGGGGCAAAUGGCGGUAAUGAAGACAGCUCCGUGCCACGCGCGGCGAACAAGAAGUUUGCGCGCUUUGUGGAUUAUAACUUCAGCUCUAUGACGGACACGAAAGGAGGGUUCUUGUCGACCGAGGACGACCCCUUCAACAAGAGCAUGUCGGGGGGCGGGCCGUCGCAAGGGGGCGUCAACCCAGACGAGCCGCAGCGGCCCAAGCACAUGACGGAGGCGGAGUGGGAACGGAUGCAGCUGCUGCGAAAACUUCAGAAGCAAAAGGCCGGGCCGUUCGAGCCCGGCCUGAGCGCCAUCGCCGACAAGGCUGAGCGCAAGAAGUGCAGGGAGUGCGGGAACCUGGAAAUCGACUGGGUGUGGGAGGAGGUGUUUGGGUGCUGCGUGUGCGGCUCGUGCAAGGAGAAAUUCCCUGAGAAGUACUCGUUGCUCACAAAGACGGAGUGUCGGGAGGACUACCUGAUCACAGAUCCCGAGCUCCGCGACAAAGACCUGCUCCCGCAUCUCUCACGGCCGAACCCACACAAGACGCACUGGCACGACAUGAUGCUGUUCCUGCGGUACCAAGUGGAGGAAUACGCCUUCGGCACGAAGUGGGGGUCGGCCGAGGCGCUGGACGCCGAGUUUGAGCGACGCGAGACUGCCAAGAAAAAGCGCAAGGAGGACAAGUUUCGCGACCGCCUGCUGGAACUCAAGAAGAAGACGCGCGCCGACGCCUUUCGCCGUGGCACCGGCAGCCUCGGCGGCGGGGACGCCAGGUUCGGUGAGACACUGGCGGCCGGCGGUGCGGUCAAGAAACAUGUACAUGAGUGGGGCCGGGCGGUUGUGGAUGAUCAGGGAAUGAGCAUCAAGACAUGUGUGAGCUGCGGGAUGGAAGUUGAAGAGUUGGAGCUUUGA